AUGGCGCUGAAGGGGAAGAGAGUUGCGAUCAUCCUAGACUUCACGUACGAGGACCUGGAAGUAUGCUAUCCGCAAAUUCGACUGCAGGAGGAGGGGGCGGAAGUAAAGCACAUCUCCCUGCACAAGCCAGGAACGAAAGUGAGAUCAAGUGGUUUUUUAAAAUGGUUUUUCACAUGAUGAUCGACGAAUUUGAAUUUCCUUUUCUGCACUAAAAAUCCUCGAUCUGUUCUCUCUGCACUCCAGGUGACCGGGAAAUACGGAUACCCAACACUCGUCGAUCAGCACAUAUCCGAUGCGAAUCCCGCGGAUUUCGACGCGGUCAUCUGUCCCGGGGGCUUUGCACCGGAUUACUACCGCCGAGACGCGGCGAUGAAGGACUUUGUGACCAACUGCUUCCUGAAGAGUAAACCAGUUGCCGCCAUCUGCCACGGACCGUGGAUGCUGUGCAGCGCGAGGAAGAGUCUCAACGGGGGCUGUCCGGAAAGCAGACAACCGCUGUGCAAGGGUUUGAAAGUAACGGCGUUUCACGCAAUAAAGGACGACUUGGAAAACGCCGGUGCAGAAUUCGUAGACGCGCCGGUCGUGGUAGAUCGAAACGUGAUCACAUCGAGAACGCCAAAAGAUCUGGUCCCGUGGACCUUGGCAAUCAUUGAAGCGCUGAAGUAUAAGUGAAAAUCAAAAGGACGACGACAUUGACAAAUUUCUGGGCGGAUUUAU